CCCCCCGAACGGACGUGAACACUCAAGCAGUUGUGGUAGGUACACCGUCACUGAUUUGUCUUUGCGUCUUUCUUUUUUCUUCACUGAGCCGAACCCUAGACGUAGAGUCUGGAAAAUGUACGCGAGAACGACACCGGCGGCAGAGAAGUUCCCUGAAGAACUCUGUGGCGUUAAAGUUCACAGACUACAAGAUUCCAGUGAAGCGCAUCGUCCUGAAUGCCAGGAGUCUGCUCGCAUCGAAGAAGAAGAGGAGGAGGAAGAGUCGCCAUACAUCAAGAAGGAGGAGGAAGAAUUCGUCCACAUUAAAGAGGAGUGGGAUGAGUAUUUCAUUACAGUUGAGAACUCCCACUUUGAGGAGCAGGAGCAACCCAAUCUCCUGAAAAAGGAGGAGGAAGACGACCCUCCAUAUGUUAAAGAGAAGGUUAUGGACAUCCCCAAGUGGGCUGGUGAGCCCUUGAUGUGUAGAAGUCCGAAUGACGCCAGCAGAGAGGCGGAGCCUCAGAGUGGCAGCAGCAGCAGUUCAACAGAAGGAUCCCAAGCAGACAACCUUAUUGCUCCACCAUCAGAUAGUGACGCCAAAUCACACUCGCUGUUCUGUUUCAGAAAAUAUCUUGGUCCUGAGCGGCAGGAGCCAGGCUCUCCUGGCGUUAAAGAGGCUCUUGAGCUCCCCCAAAUCAAAGAGGAGGAGCCAGAGCCCUGUCAACGGAAGGAGAGAGAAGAGCAACUUGCAAUCAAAAAGGAGGAGGAGCUGCCAUACAUUAAAGAGGAGGAAGGUAUCACCAGGUCGACAGGUGAGCCCUUGAAGAGUGAAGAUGGUCCGAGUGAGGCCAGCAGAGCGGCGGUGCCUCGAAGUGGCGGCGGCGGCAGCAGCUCAACAGAAGGAUUGCAAGAGGACCGUUUCAUCGCUCCACUUUCAGAUAGUGAAGACACCACGUCACUCUCGCCUUACGUCGACACAAGAACCCACGCUGGCGAAAAACCUUUUUCCUGCUCAGUUUGUGGUCAAGGAUUUAGUCGCAAUAGCACCUUAAAAAUACACACAAGAACCCACACUGGCGAAAAACCUUUUUCCUGCUCAGUUUGUGGUCAAGGAUUCACUCGAAAGCAAGACUUGACAAUACACACAAGAACCCACACUGGUGAAAAACCUUUUGUCUGCUCAUUUUGUGGUGCAAGUUUCACUCAAAGGGAAAACUUGAGAAUCCACACAAGAACCCACACUGGCGAAAAACCUUUUUCCUGCUCAGUUUGUGGUCAAGGAUUCACUCGAAAGCAACGCUUGAAAAUGCACACAAGAACCCACACUGGCGAAAAACCUUUUUCCUGCUCAGUUUGUGGUCAAGGAUUCGCUCGUAAGCAACACUUGGAUAUACACACAAGAACCCACACUGGCGAAAAACCUUUUUCCUGUUCAGUUUGUGGUCGAAGAUUCAGUCACAAUAGCACCUUAAAACAACACACAAUAACCCACACUGGCGAAAAACCUUUUUCAUGCUCAGUUUGUGGUCAAGGAUUCACUCGAAAGCAAGACUUGACAAUACACACAAGAACCCACACUGGCGAAAAACCUUUAUCCUGCUCAGUUUGUGGUAAAAAAUUCCGUCACAAUAGCACCUUAAAAGCACACACAAGAACCCACACUGGUGAAAAACCCUUUUCCUGCUCAGUUUGUGGUAAAAAAUUCUCCAAAGAAAGCAACUUAAAAACCCACGCAAGAACCCACACUGGACAAUAACCUUUUUCCCACUCAGUUUGUGGUGAAAGGAUUCACUCGGAGGGAUCGGAUUAAAAGAUGUGUGUGUUGGUGUGAGAAGCAGUGGCCAAUGACUGUUUUGCCUGUCAUCCAUGCUGGCUUCAUUAGAUUUUGCUGGCAGGACGAUUUUAUUCGGUAGAGCUUCCUCAAAUCCUGUUGAGGAGUUGCACUUUUGGUGCUUACGUGUGCUUUGUCCAAUCCUUGUAUGAUGUCCAUCCACACUAUUCCCAAAAGCAUUGGCUUACCCGAUUUAACUUCUAAGUACUAAUAUUUAUAUAAUACUCUCCCUCUUUUAAACUACACAUUUCACAGUUAAUAUUUAAAACCAUAGACCCCAGAUUACUAAAAUUCAAAAUCAUUCAUAAAUAAUGUUAUUAAAUAAAUAUGGACAAUUAUGGUCAAUUGUUCCAUAUUGCAAAAACAUUAAAAAAAUAACUGGCUCCCAAAUGAGUUUUUUUGGGGAGGAUUUAUAUAUAUAUAUGGCGGAAAACACUCAGGUGACUUGAAGUUCCGCUUUGAGACCCCCAAUUUAGCCAACUUUCAAAAUUGUCCGAUAAGCAUGUGUGAUACAUCAUUGGAAAGCUUAAAAUCUCAAUUUUCUGGGGGAAGAAAAUUUUUGAGCAGGAGGGCUUUUUAAAUAUUUUUUAAACAGCAAAACCCCUAUCUGGAGGUGAGAGCACGCGAGAACAAAAUUCCAGACGCCAUGACUUUAACAAGAUAUUAUCGUGUGCUUACUUUGUUUUGAUCCAAAAACUCUCUGUAGCAUGUAUCACUGAGUGUCAAGACACAGCUGUGAAUGGCCACAGCCGGAUUUUUGGGGGAUUUUAUGGGUGAAACAUGGUAAUAUAACAAGAGUCGCAAUGCAGAAAUCGCAGACAUCAAGGAGUGGUCGAGAUUUUCAUAUAUUUACCCUUUUAAACGUUUUCAACUUUUUUUUUGGUUGGAUCAAUUAUUUAUCAUCUAACAUAUCGGAGAAAAUGUGACAGUAACAAAAAAAAUUCAAUUAAGCGAUAGUUAUGAAGUAGAUAUCCGAGACUUUUUUACAGACACCAUUUUUUUCAUUGUGACAUAAUUUGUAGUUUAAAGUUUAAAAAAAGUUUAAAAUAUAUUAAUAAAUAAUAAUUAAAUAAUUACUUACCUUCUUUUUAUGGCUGGGUUGAAACAAAAGCGGUUGCGCGACGUCUGUAAACUGGGGUUUUCAGGGUAAAACGGAGAAAUUAGAAAUAGUUUGGGGGCUUCAUGUGCCAUGAAUCUGCUAUGACAGCAUAUAGACAUAUUGUUCUAUCAAACACAACAGUUGUUUUAUCUUAAAAUACAGUAGUUUCUUUUAAAGAGGGGUGCAAGAGCAGAAACUGCUUUUUCAGUCUUGUCUGUGUUUUCCGCCAUAUAUAUAUAUAUAUAUAUAUAUAAUAUACACAGUGGGGAGAACAAGUAUUUGAUACACUGCCAAUGGGUUUUCCCAUUGGCAGUGUAUCAAAUACUUGUUCUCCCCCCUGUAUAUAUAUAUUAGGGCUGGACGAUAUGGCCUUAAGUACGUAUCACCGUUUAUCGAUUUAUUUACCAGCUUUCAAUUUAAAAUAUUUGACAAUUGUACAUGCAGUCUAAACAUUCAGUAUAUAGAAAUUUCUUCUAAACAAAAAGAAUUCAAGUAUGAACAUUUAUAACGGCUUUUAUGACUUGGACAAAGUACAACAUUAUAAAAAUCAAUACUUCAACUGUCCAAACAUGUCACUGUAACACAAAUGACUUAGAGCAUGAACAAACCUCUACAAACAGACAACUUGGUGUUAAUGGCUGCUGGUACAUAAUUACUCAACACAAGUGUUCACUUCAAGGUUUCAGUUUUUUUUUUUCCCAGAGCACGUUCUUGAAAUGCACCCACACAUGCACCCUGCCCCGCACACACACACAUUAAAGCUGUAUUGCUCUUAUGCCAAUGAAACAUUUUCAAGAUUUUAUGAUGGCAGUAAUGACACAGAAUAAAGCAAGCACAUACAGAAAAAUAGCUGUGGCCAUUGAACGGUCAAAUUAUUAUAUAUAUUUCACUGUUGGAUUGUACUUAAUGAUAAAUGCCAUCAUAAAAGCUAUCAGAGAAAUCGCACAGAAUAUAUACAAAUUAACGUAACAUACUAAUUUCUAGAUGCAGUCUGUGCCCAAUCAAUUCAUUAGGUUCAGCCGUUUUUACAAAAUUAGAGCCGCUAUGAGAGUACUCCCAUUGUGAUCAUUCAACAUAUCUCGUUUAUUAUGACAAAGCAGCGAACAGGAAGGGGUUAUGGGGGAACAGAAGAAAAACACAAGAGAAGAAAGAAACACAAACUACAAGAAAUCCAUUGAACGCCUACACUAACUAUGAAUUUGUUGGUGCUAUCGUCAGCUAGAUGGAUUUCCGGUUGACACCAUGUGGUGGGCCUGAUGACCAGGGAAAGAAAGGGAGGCAGGUUGGGUGGGGGCGGCCUUAUAGGAUAAGUGAUUGGGAGGGUAGAGUGUACACAAAUCAGCUCUGUGAUCUGUUUUAUUUCCUGAUAACGAUGUGACUUCUUACGUAAGCACACUGAAUGCUUUUUUAAAGGGACAUGGACAUAGCCGAACAACAGAGAGUCAAAGCAGAAUGAAAAUACUAUUUUUCUUGUUUUGUUGAAUUUACCGACAUGGUCAAAAUGCCGCCGGUCAUCAUCGUGAAGAAUUUCAAUAACGGUAAAUUUUCGGUAUACCACCCGGCUCUAAUAUAUGUAUAUACAGUAGAUACUAGAUAUAUAUCUAUAUAUUAUUACUUCUCUUGAUUGACAGUGACAUACAGUGCCUUGCAAAAGUAUUCGGCCCCCUUGAAUCUUGCAACCUUUCGCCACAUUUCAGGC